GGUAUGACGAUGGCAAUCUUCGAAUCUCAAUCACGUCGUGAUCAAAAAGAACACAUCAUCGAUGAUUAUCAUCACAUUAGUAGAAGACUACGAGUAGUAUMAUAAUAGUCCCAUCUCAAAAGACCUUGUAUCGUAUCACAAAACGACGCGAAUUCAAUAUCAAGAAAUAAUGAAACUCUCAGCUUUCCUCGUGCUAGCUGUCGCUACGGCGACGACAGAAGCCUUCGUUUCACGAAACAUCGAGAGAACGCCGACUCUCUCGCUACAGGCCACCAAAAAUCACGACAGGGAAUCCGAGAACGCAACAACUUUUGCCAAUGUUGCUCUGGCGUCUAUCUUUUCGUUGUCGUUGUUGUCGGCGGGUCCUCUGCCGGCAUUUGCGGACGGUCAAACCGAAAAAUUCAAGCUUCCMCCCGUGGAUCUGACGGACAAGACUCGCUGCACCCUGAAAAGCUCAUCGAUUGGCCAGGCCAACGCCGCCCGCGAUAAGCUUUACGAUCUUCGCCAGUGCAAGCUGAGCGGAGAGUCGGCUGUCGGUUUCGAUUUGAGUGGUGUUAUCAUGACAGAGACAGACGUAUCCAAGGUCAAUUUCCAGGAUGCUGUUUUCAGCAAGGGGUAUUUGMGAGGUACGACGACGAAAGGAACCGGGUGUAUCAAAACGACAAUCAAAAGCGCAUUUGACUUGUGUUUUUAUCACGUGCGACUGAUCUUUUGCUCACAUCGUUGCACUUUCUCUUUGCACAGACUCCAACUUCGAGGGCGCCGAUUUUUCGAAUGCCAUCGUCGACCGAGCGAGCUUCAAAGGUAGUUCUCUCAGAGGAGCUAUUUUCAAGAACACUGUGUUGACGGGAACCAGGUGCGUCGUUGCWAGAGUAACGAAGAACGAAARUAUAKUUGUUUGGAUCUACAAUCCAUWUUGUGUYUUGURGUUCUCGUUCUUUGAUUUUCUUCUCCUAACUGAUUACUGUGGCUCUCACUCUUUYAAUAGUUUCGAGGGAGCUGACGUUGAGAAUGCGGAUUUCACGGAAGCUGCGAUCGGUAACUUUGACCUAAAGAAUCUUUGCAAAAACCCAACUUUGAAGGGAGAAAACCCGACGACAGGUGAAGAUACAAGAUUUUCGGUAGGCUGUGGUCCGGGUUCUUAAUUUUCUUGAAUUUGAAAUACUUGGUUCGGCGCAAGGGCAUUGAUACGGAAAUUAUUUUGUAGCUAAGGACUUGACAUCGKACAUAUUGCAUUCCAUCGCACCAGAAAAAUAGCGUGAAGAAUCCUUUCUGUUAGGUUGAAUCUGCCUUGGGAUUUUAAUGAAGUCACAAAUAAUCCACUAGUACGUACUCUUACCACCAUACGGUCAAAAGGAUACUAUAGUAUGAAAAACAGGCCACAUAGUGUAAAGU